AUGGCAGCCGGCUGUGCAGCAGUGCCUCCACGAGGCUGUGAGCGAUCCAUGCCAUUUGUUGCCAUGGCCCGUGCCACGAUGGCAUUGCGAGGUGCCAAGCUUCCUAGCAAGCGGCAUCCGCAGCAUCACCAUGCGCUGCCAGGAGGAGUGCUUCCUUGCUCUGGGAACGUCACACAUGCUGACCUCUAUGGUGGUCCAUGGCAGGCGGUCGCAUCCAGUGUGCCUGAAGGGAGAGGAUCUGGACUUUGGGCCAAAGGUAGACAGUGCUUGCGACUCAGCAUCAUGGCGCCGACCAGAACGCCCAAGCAACGCCCUGUUGAUAUUGACAUUGAAGCUUCCGAAGGAGAAGCUACACCCAAGGAUCGACAGGCAGAAGUCGACAUCCAUGAGCUCCUCAAGGAAUAUGAGAAGCGCCUGCACAAGAUCGAGCUCUGGCAGCAACAACACGGCACUUGUCAGGAAGUUUGGCGCGAAAACCUGCCUCUUGGCGCUGACUCAAAAAGGUCAGUCUUCAAGCCUACGAGCCCCAAAAGUCAGAUCAGCCGACCCGCGGCAGAACACACAGGUGAGACAGCACCUUCACAAAUAGCAGCUUCACCUUUGCGGAGUCUCAGCGGCGCCAUCGAAGAGCGCCCAGAAGAGGCUGAUGGAAACCAUCCCUACAGCCAAAUGUGGAUGAAUUCCAAACUGCAGAAAAAAGAGGUGUUUGAUCAGGACCUGCUGCAGUCAAUCUAUGACAAGUCAAUACAGCGGGUCAGAGGCAAAGCGGCAGUUUUUGGAGGGGGUCUCAUGGCGAUCAUGUCAAUGCCGUUUGGCCCUAUUGGCAUGGCCGCUGGUGGCAUCUUUGGUGCUUUAGUGGGCAUGCUAGUUGGGACAUGCCUGGACAGACGAAGACAUCGCAGAAAUAUCCAGCAGUCUGAGUUGGAGAUGAGACGAUUGAAGAGUUUGGUUCGGUGGUCUGCAGAACGUUUCGCGGAUGAAGACGAUCCGGAAGCUGCAGUGCAGCACAUGGAGAUGGUUGUCCUCGAGUUCAGGCCUAUAGCUGACAUCGCUCUCGCAUCAAAAAACGCGCGGAAAACUCUGCAUUUGCUAGAUUCAUGGGCUGCGAGACGGAAUAUGAUGAGACAGGUUUGGGUAUACAUGGACAACAUCCUCAUGAAUUGGAAACACUUGACACAAGCAGAAUUUUUUCGCAGUAUGCAAGUGCUGCAGACUCUGCUUACCAUGUACCGGUGCAGCAAUCGGGUUCUAGCUGAGCCGGAGGAGAACUUUGUCUUGCGAGUGGAGCGACUCUUAGCCAACAGGUCCGUGAGGUAUAUUCUGCAACAGCAGCAGAUGUCCACGCAAGAGCAGGCCGCUGAAGUCAUGGAGAGCAUGAUCUAUGCUGACAACCGACGACGGAGAGGUGCCUCCAAAAGCAAAAUGCUGGAGGAGGCAGCUGAGGAGAAUGAAGAACUUGAGCUUAUAUCCAACGUUGGUUUGCGACCACACGCAGGUUUGUCAAUCUCAGAGGCUUCUGUGGACUUGCAAAGUGAAGUCUCAGAAAAGAGGACGGAGGACAGGCGGGUGCUGAAGUCUCCCUUCUUCAGGUCCUGGGAGGAUUUCAUGGACUUCGACAACAACUACAAACACAAGAUACCAAUCACCCAAAGCGAUUUCAUUCUCCUGCUGGAGAAGGAGUCGCAGGGUAUGCAAGGUUGGGAUCUGUGUAUCGACCGCAAAGAGAUCAAAGUGGCCAAGACACUUCAAUCGGAUGGUGGAUGUGUAUUUCUGCGGGCAUGGUCUACUUUACCAGAGGUUGAACCGGAGGUCGUUUUCUACAUGUUCCACAGAUGCGAGAAGCGCAUGCAGUGGGAUCGAGCUUUCUUUGACAUGAAAAUUGUCGAGAACAUCGAGGGGUCGGACAUUCUCUACAGCGUUCUGCGCGUGCCAGCGUGUACGCCACGUGACUACGUCCAGUACCGGCGAGCGAAGGUCUUGGAGGACGGUACCAUUCUCAUCAGCUUAAGAUCUGCAAUACAUCCGGACUUGCCAGAGAAAAGCGGGACGAUUCGCGCUGAAUCCUUCACCUCUGGAUACGUUAUCCGACACUACGAAGAGGGGAGCGAGAAGGGCACCAAAGUCUUUUUGAUGACAUGCACGGAUGUGAAGGGCAUCAUCCCAAAGUUCCUCAUCAAUUUUGUGGCCCCUCGCAAGCCUGGAGAGUGGAUCGAUGCCCUCAAAAAGGCAUGCUUGGACUUUCAAGCCGGAAAUCCAGAUUAUGCAAGCCUCAAAAAGGAGCUAGAGCCCUACACAAAGUACCAUCCCUUUGACUUCGAGGACUGCGAGGAAGGCCCAGCGCAGAGCCCGGAAGCUAGUCCUGGCAUCUCUCGAGCUGAGCAGGCCACACGAGUCGGACUCUAA